AAUUAUGUGACUGACUGUUCAUCACUCUGUUGUAAAUAAAGCUUUGGCAGAACGCGUGGAUGAUAAUUCUGGAAGGAGUGUCUAGUCCGCUAAAGUAACACUAGCUGCCUUACUUAGAAGGGGGUAAUUUCGAACACUGAGUUGUACUUAUUUUUGUAUCUUUAUUAAAUAUUACGGAUAACGAGUGAACCCCUGAAAACAUGGCAGAAAGUGACUGGGAUACCGUGACUGUCUUGAGGAAGAAGGGGCCGACUGCUGCACAGGCCAAAUCCAAGCAGGCAAUCACUGCAGCUCAGAGACGUGGGCAGGACGUUGAGACAUCCAAGAAAUGGUCUGCAGGGCAGAACAAACAGCAUCUUGUGACAAAGAACACAGCCAAACUGGACCGGGAGACAGAGGAGCUUCACCAUGACAGGGUUCCCCUGGAGGUGGGCAAGUACAUUCAGCAAGGCAGACAGGAUAACGGUCUGACCCAGAAAGACCUGGCUACUAAAAUUAACGAGAAGCCUCAAGUCAUUGCGGACUACGAGUGUGGGAAAGCAAUUCCUAACAACCAGGUCUUGGGCAAGAUAGAGAGAGCAAUUGGGCUGAAACUGCGUGGGAAGGAUAUUGGCCUACCACUGGAGGCAAAACCCAAGAAGAAAUGAAUACAAAGCCUCGAAAUCAGCCCUCCCGUCCCAUCUUUCCCUGUUUCUAAAAACAAAACCCUUUCCCCACCCUCAAAAAAUCUCCUCCCGUCUCCCCCAUCCCUCCCUCCCACUACCUGGGCUGAUCUCACCUGUGUCCUGCCUGAGGACCUGGUUCUCCACUGCAUUACAGGCUGCAUAUUGAAACAGUUACUUGACCACAUAAUCAAUGAAUGAUCGAACAUAUUUCAACGUCACAAGCUCAAAGUUCUGUGAACCUUCUUUUCACCUAUGUCUGCUUAGGCUUUGGCAUGAUAAAUUAAACUUUUUGAUAGUAAUGUAAGCCCAUUCAAAAAGUAGACUUAUUUUUCAUGACCAAACAAACUAGUUUGACAUUAAUUCUGAGCAUGUUAAGCCAAAAGUGCUUGAUUGCAUCUUUUUCACACACUUGAGACAGUGGGUGUAUUUACAGUGUUGAAUUUUUUUUAAUGCUGUGCUUUGUUUUGAUCUAAAAAAUAAAGUUUGACAGUUCAUGACAUUA